AUGCAAGAAGAUCCAAAUCAAGUUUCAACGGCUCAUUGUCGGGGGAAGCUCCGUUGGCUCUUGAAUAGACUCGCCCCGUGGCCAAGACUCGCGCGCGACCUGUUCGUUCUAUCGGUCAAAGUCACCUUCGCGAUACUCUUUGCAUCCGCCAGACUCGUCGUCCCACCGACCAAGAAGAGCUUGCUCGGCGAGACCGUUUUGGUGACGGGCGCGGGCCACGGGAUCGGGCGCGAGUUGGCACUGCAGCUGGCCGAGAAGGGUUGCAUAGUCGUCUGUUGGGACACGGACAUCCAAGCAAAUCUCGCCACGAUCGGCGUCAUAUCAAAAGACGGCGGAGAGGCCCACGGCUUCGUGGUGGACGUGUCGCAGCGGCUGGAGGUCCGCGAAGCCGUGCGACUGAUGAGGAAGGCCAACAUACCCGAAGUUACCAUUUUAAUCAACAACGCGGCCGUUUUGAUGAACUUGCCUUUUUUAGAACACAAGUCCGAGGACAUACAGCGGAUGUUCGACGUGAACGUGUUGUCGCAAUUUUGGACGAUACAAGCUUUCUUGCCGUCCAUGUUGCACAAAAAAAAGGGCCACAUCGUCUCCAUGUGCGACAUGUGCGGAUAUUACGGGGUACCCAACAAGGUGCCCUACUGUUCGUCGAAGCACGCUGUCAGAGGUUUGAUGGAUGGACUCGUCGAGGAGCUCAGGUUAGCCGUGAAAGAUGCGAAAAUCCAUUUCACCACAGUCUACCCCUUUUACGUGGACACGGGACUCGCUCCGGAUCCAAAUUACAGAUUUCCUUACACAUUCGGUGCCGUGCACCCGAAGUACGCAGCCAAGGAGGUCAUACGUGCGGUGCAGAGGAACUACGAGGAAUGCACGAUUCCGCGUUACCUCCUCUACUUGAAUACGAUCAAUAGAGUCUUGCCCAAACGAGCUGUGAGGCUGAUUAUUGAUUUCUUGAGCAACGCGGAUAGAUGA